AGCCUGCUGAGCCGUCGCCCUUAGCCACGUCGGUUCCCAAGCGCUUUCCUCGUGACUCCGCAGUAGCUUCGUAAGGUAGGACGAACAGACUGACCAGACGCCGACCGGGCUCAGAAGAAGCUAGUUAGAACCAUGCGUGAGAUCGUGCACAUCCAGGCGGGCCAAUGUGGCAACCAGAUCGGCGCCAAGUUUUGGGAGGUCAUCAGUGAUGAGCAUGGGAUCGACCCCACUGGCAGUUACCAUGGAGACAGUGACUUGCAGCUGGAGAGAAUCAACGUGUACUACAAUGAAGCCACUGGUAACAAGUAUGUACCUCGGGCCAUCCUGGUGGAUCUGGAGCCAGGCACCAUGGACUCGGUCAGGUCUGGACCAUUCGGCCAGAUCUUCAGGCCUGACAACUUCGUGUUUGGCCAGAGCGGGGCCGGGAACAACUGGGCAAAGGGCCACUACACAGAGGGUGCUGAACUGGUAGACUCAGUCCUGGACGUGGUGAGGAAGGAGUCAGAAAGCUGUGACUGUCUGCAGGGCUUCCAGCUGACCCACUCGCUGGGGGGUGGCACAGGCUCGGGGAUGGGCACCCUGCUCAUCAGCAAGAUCCGGGAGGAGUAUCCAGACCGCAUCAUGAACACCUUCAGUGUGAUGCCCUCACCUAAGGUGUCCGACACGGUGGUGGAGCCCUACAACGCCACCCUGUCUGUCCACCAGCUGGUGGAAAACACAGAUGAAACCUACUGUAUUGACAACGAGGCCCUGUAUGACAUCUGCUUCCGCACCCUGAAACUGACCACCCCCACAUAUGGAGACCUCAACCACCUGGUGUCAGCCACCAUGAGCGGUGUCACCACCUGCCUGCGCUUCCCAGGCCAGCUGAACGCAGACCUGCGCAAGCUGGCUGUCAACAUGGUGCCCUUCCCCCGCCUGCACUUCUUCAUGCCCGGCUUCGCCCCCCUGACCAGCCGGGGUAGCCAGCAGUACCGGGCCCUGACAGUGCCUGAGCUCACCCAGCAGAUGUUCGACUCCAAGAACAUGAUGGCUGCCUGCGACCCCCGCCACGGCCGCUACCUGACGGUGGCCGCUAUCUUCCGGGGCCGCAUGUCCAUGAAGGAGGUGGACGAGCAGAUGCUCAACGUGCAGAACAAGAACAGCAGCUACUUCGUGGAGUGGAUCCCCAACAAUGUGAAGACGGCCGUGUGCGACAUCCCUCCUCGGGGCCUGAAGAUGUCGGCCACCUUCAUCGGCAACAGCACGGCCAUCCAGGAGCUGUUCAAGCGCAUCUCGGAGCAGUUCACGGCCAUGUUCCGGCGCAAGGCCUUCCUGCACUGGUACACGGGCGAGGGCAUGGAUGAGAUGGAGUUCACGGAGGCCGAGAGCAACAUGAACGACCUGGUGUCUGAGUACCAGCAGUACCAGGAUGCCACGGCCGACGAACAGGGGGAGUUCGAGGAGGAGGAAGGCGAGGAUGAGGCUUAAGUUUGCAAUUUAACAUGGGUUAGGGAAAGUUGAGAAGAAAAGCAAGGGGGAGGGGGGUUCCUGGUGAAAAUAAUUUUGGCAGUUGAAGGAAAGACGCAUGGUCUGCUCUAGGUGUGUGCGCUGGUCCUCUGGUGCUCUUCACUGUUGCCUGUCAUUCUUUUUUCUUUUUGUAACACUGAUGACAUCAAUGUAACAUUUGAGAUAUAUCUGAACUACUGUUGUAAUGGCUAAAAUCACAUAAAAGUUUGUGUCCUAAUGGUCCUCUUCUGUCUCCUCUUUAUUGAGUUCUUUGUUAUUAAUUUAAAUGUAGCUAUCAGAACACAUUGUAUUAAAUUCUUAAAAGUUAAAAUGAAUUUACUCUUUCAGUGUAGUAAAACUGAACCAACCACAAUCAUACCCGAUUUAAGAUGGGAGAUCAAUCCAAAUGUUAAAAUGCCUUU